UUCCCAGUUUGCAGAGAGUGAAACAAACAUGGCGACGGACUGGAAUGGGCAGGGGUACACGCUAACUUUAUUCGUUGUUUUGGGGAUUAUUGUGAGCGGACGAGCCGAGACAGGGGUCGGAGAGCUCGGUAGCAGCACCCGGAUCUUCGGCAUGCGGCUGGAGAGAAGCGACAAGCCGGCCACAACCACAGACGACGGAGUUAUCCAGGUAACUGAGGAGAGCAACAUCCUCCUCAGGUUCUACGGACAGCAGAUUGCUCCUGACACCUCGGCACAUAUCAAGUUCAUGGACCAGGACCACGGAGAGGAUGACGACAGUGGCGCAGAAACUGGCAGAGCCACUUUUAAUAGGACUUGUGCCGACUACACUAAAGAUAUCAUCAUUAGAGGUGGUAUGAACGUGAGCAACCAGGGGACCUCGGGGGUGCUGAGCCUGAAAAUCAAGCCGCUCCGCAAGAGCGAGCCGAAGAAGGUGUACGGCUUGUGCGUCAAGGACAGCCAGGAUGGCAAGUGGUACCUUUUGGGGGAGGAUGACGGGAGACUGCGGGUUGUGGAAGAGAAGAAGUCCCUUCUGCCAAUGUGGUUCCAGAUCAUUCUCAUCGCCUUCCUCCUGGUUCUAUCAGGUAUGUUCAGCGGGCUCAACCUGGGUCUGAUGGCGCUGGAUCCCAUGGAGCUCCGCAUAGUGCAGAACUGCGGCACGGAGAAGGAAAAGAAAUACGCCCGCAAGAUCGAACCCAUUCGGAGUAAAGGAAACUACCUGCUAUGCUCUCUACUUCUCGGCAAUGUCCUGGUCAACACCACGCUCACCAUCCUUCUGGACGAUCUCAUAGGAUCCGGUCUGGGUGCUGUAGUAGCCUCCACCAUUGGCAUCGUUAUUUUCGGGGAAAUCGUGCCCCAGGCGUUGUGUUCUCGACACGGGUUGGCCGUAGGAGCCAACACCAUAAUGGUAACCAAGUUCUUCAUGCUGGUAACUUUCCCCUUAUCUUGGCCCAUUAGCAAGCUGCUUGACUGCGUCUUAGGUCAGGAAAUUGGCACUGUUUACAACCGCGAAAAGCUCGUGGGGAUGCUGAAAGUAACGGAGCCCUAUAACGACCUUGUCAAAGAGGAGCUUAAUAUGAUUCAGGGGGCUCUCGAGCUUCGGACCAAAACUGUUGAGGACGUCAUGACAUCGCUGACCAAUUGUUUUAUGAUACAUAAUGACGCGGUUUUAGACUUCAACACCAUGUCGGAGAUCAUGGAAAGCGGGUACACCAGGAUACCGGUGUUCGAGGACGAGCGGUCCAACAUCGUGGAUGUUCUGUACGUGAAAGAUCUGGCGUUCGUGGACCCGGACGACUGCACGACACUGAAGACCAUCACGAAGUUCUACAACCACCCAGUCCACUUUGUGUUCCACGACACCAAGCUGGAUUCGAUGCUGGAGGAGUUCAAAAAAGGUAAAUCUCACCUGGCGAUCGUCCAGAAGGUGAACAACGAGGGGGAGGGAGACCCAUUCUAUGAGGUGCUGGGAUUGGUCACCUUAGAAGAUGUCAUCGAGGAGAUCAUCAAAUCAGAGAUCCUGGACGAGUCUGACCUCUACACUGAUAACCGCAACAGGAAGAAGGUGGCGCCCAACAAGAAUAAGAGAGAUUUCUCCGCCUUCAAAAACGAGAGCGAAUCAAAAGUCAAGAUUUCUCCUCAGCUCUUAUUGGCUGCCCAUCGCUUCCUUGCCACAGAGGUGAACUUGUUCAGCCCGUCUCAGAUCUCCGACAAGGUCCUGCUGAGGAUUCUGAGGCAUCCGGACGUGAUCCAGGACAUCAAGUUUAAUGACAGCGACAAGCGCUGUCCCCAGCACUACGUCUACCAGAGGGGCAAGGCUGUGGACUACUUCAUCCUCAUACUGCAGGGGAAAGUGGAGGUAGAGGCGGGAAACGAGAACAUGAAAUUUGAAACGGGACCCUUCUCUUUUUACGGAGUCAUGGCCCUCAGUGCCCCCACUCUAGAAGAUCAGCUCCCUCCCUCAGUGUCGACGUCUCGCCCCCGUCACCUCUCUCUUAAGAGGUUCUCUCUCUUCUCUCGGUGGCCAGAGUUCCGCUCCCCGUCCCACCUGAGCGGUCUGAACCGGACGUCGUCUCUCGGAGGGGCAGACCGCCAGGAGUCUCUGUCGGUCAGCGGCAGCAGCAGCCAGCUGAACAGCAGCGCUCCCUCCCCUCAGUACACCCCCGACUUCUACGUCCGAGCCCUCACCGACCUGCAGUUUGUCAGGAUAACCAGGGCCCAGUACCAGAACGGCUUGAUGGCGUCCCGUCUGGACAGCACCCCCCAGUCCCCCGAGAGUGGCCACACCCACCGCACGGAGGCCACGCCCCCGGUCUCCACCACGCCCCCGGAGGCCGCGCCCACGCCGGAGAACGGCACGGACGAGACCACCUCUCUCCUCAACGAGCAGACCCGCCUGCCCACUCGCACCGCCAACCACCACAGCCAAUCAGAAAGCAGCAUGUGACAUACGUCGACCGAUGCAGUAGGCGCGGGAGAAAGGGACAAAGGAGGGUCUGGCUGUGUGUGUACACACAAACACGAGUAUACACAUCUUGCUCAAGCAGCAGGGUCCAAAGACACAGAACAGACCACACGCACUCCGUUUGUAUAUAUGUGCAAGAUGAACGCAAAUACACACAUCGUGCCAUUGGCCACCCUUAACAAAACAAUCAAACAGACAAUUUAGCCUUACGUGACACAGAGACUUGUGGAGUCUCCUUCUACAUCCAUCAAGAGGUGUGUGUGUGUGUGUGUGUGCGCGUGAGCUAUACAAAGGCUUUCCCUGAGGGAGAAGGGGUGUGUGUGAUGGUGGUAGCGGUGGGACGGGAGGUAGACUUGCAUUUUACAUGAUUUAGAUGGUGUUUAUAUUAAAAGGGGCCUUGAUACGUUUGUAAGAUGCCUGCACACACCUCCCAAGAUCAGUCGCUUGUUCAGCUCAUCACUCGGGACAAACCUGGUGUGUUCUAUGGGCUGUGUGUAUGCAUCCAUACCAGUGUGUGUGUGUGUGUGUGUGUGUGUGUGCGUUUGCGCUACACCCUCUUUGCUGUCAGCCUCCUGCCUUGUCCCUUUCGUUAGGCCACCAACUCUUUCCUUCCAAUUGGCCUUCAGUAGAAGGAGCACCUGAGCGAAAGGACUGGUGUCUGCUGGGUAAUGUAGUAUCCAUCCUUCUGCGCGUGUGGCCCGGCCCAGCCCCAUCUCCUCAUCCGACCGUAACCCCCUCAGACGAGUACCAACAUGAGACAGAAUGACACCAUGUGAGAUUGUAUUUGAGUCAUAUUUUAAUAUAUAUAUGGAUUCUGAGGGGGGGUGAAACCUUAUUUAUUCGUUCCGCGUGUGCUGGAAAACGACGCUCGCUCUCGAGUCCCUCUUGUUGGUUCUGCGCGUCACUUUCGUCCCGUCAGCGCGUUAGAGAGGGAGCCGUACCGACGUCCCUCAGAUUCCUGUUCUGAAUCCCUAUUGGAUGCAGCCGGUCAUGGAGCGUUUCCUGUUUUCCCAGGAAGUUGAGGAGGAUUCAAUCGAGAUGGACGAGCGGUCAAAGUCGUUAUUAAGACAAUCGACAUGAUGUGUUGGGUGCUUUGACUAUGACCAGGUUCCAGUAGUCUCAUAUAUAUCUGCCUCUCCUGACCUCCUAGGAGUGAAGAAAAGAGGGGAGUGUUUGAGAGGGUUGGAACCAGGCCUUAGGGGGACUGGAUUA